UUCAUUUCACUCGCACAGCAUAAGCAAAAUUUCAAUUUCUUUCGUCGCAGAGAUUCAGCUUCGAAAGAAAGAACAAAAAAUGAAUCUCUCCCUUUCUUUCUCUUCUCUCUCUAAAACCCAUUCUCCAUGUUCUCUCUCCUCUCCAAUUUCUCGUCAACUUUCUUUCUAUCCAAACGCUCCGCAACUGUCACUGUCGCGACUCCCCCGAAAUUUCGGUUCCCAGCGCGGAAUCUUUCUCCGGAAGGCGCUGCCAUUUUCCCGCCAAAACAAUCCACCGAUCACAGCUGCUCAGGUUUCCAAUCAAACUGAGAAUGACGAUUUUGUCCUCGAAGACGUUCCACACCUCACGAAUUUCCUUCCCGAUUUGCCGUCAUAUCCAAACCCAUUGCAAAAGAGCCAAGCUUAUUCAAUUGUCAAGAAAACUUUUGUGAGCCCAGAAGAUGUGGUUGCACAAACUAUCGUUAUUCAAAAACAUAGUCCUAGAGGAGUUCAUUUUCGGCGUGCAGGACCUCGAGAAAAGGUUUAUUUCAAGCCAGAAGAAGUACGUGCUUGCAUAGUGACUUGUGGAGGAUUAUGCCCAGGAAUUAAUACAGUGAUUAGGGAAAUUGUAUGUGGCUUGAACAUCAUGUAUGGUGUUGAAGAUAUACUUGGGAUUGAGGGAGGAUAUAGAGGGUUUUAUUCAAAAAAUACCGUGAGAUUGACACCUAAAGUGGUUAAUGAUAUCCAUAAACGUGGUGGCACCUUUCUUCGCACAUCUCGCGGUGGACAUGAUACCCAUAAGAUAGUUGAUAACAUUGCGGACCGGGGAAUAAAUCAGGUAUAUAUUAUUGGAGGUGAUGGUACCCAAAAAGGAGCUGCGCUCAUUUAUGAGGAAGUUGAAAAACGUGGUCUUCAGGUGGCUGUGGCUGGGAUUCCAAAGACAAUUGAUAAUGAUAUUGCUGUGAUUGACAAAUCUUUUGGAUUUGAUACUGCUGUGGAAGAAGCCCAGAGAGCCAUUAACGCUGCACAUGUAGAGGUUGAAAGUGUUGAAAAUGGAGUCGGAAUUGUUAAGCUAAUGGGCAGAUACAGUGGUUUCAUUGCCAUGUUUGCAACUUUGGCGAGUCGAGAUGUGGAUUGCUGCUUGAUUCCAGAGUCUCCCUUUUAUUUGGAAGGAAGAGGUGGGCUUUUUGAGUUUAUUGAAGAGAGGUUAAAAGAAAAUGGACACUUAGUUAUUGUGGUAGCAGAAGGAGCAGGCCAGGAAUAUGUUGCUGCAGAAGUGCAUGCAGCAGAUAAAAAGGAUGCAUCGGGGAACAAGCUACUUCUUGAUGUUGGUCUGUGGUUGUCUGAUAAGAUCAAGGAUCAUUUCACAAAGGAUAGAAAGAUGGCGAUAAAUAUGAAAUAUAUAGAUCCAACGUACAUGAUUCGAGCUAUUCCAAGUAAUGCCUCGGACAACGUUUACUGCACUCUUCUUGCUCAUAGUGCUAUUCAUGGAGCUAUGGCUGGAUAUACUGGCUUCACAGUCGGGCCUGUGAACAGUAGACAUGCUUAUAUCCCAAUUGCUCGUGUGACAGAGAGACAAAAUACGGUCGAGCUGACAGGUAGGAUGUGGGCUAGACUUCUUGCAUCCACAAAUCAACCAAGUUUCGUUUCAACUGACCAAGAAAUAUUUGACAAAGAGAUAAUCCAAGAUAUAAAUAAUAUGAAUAUUACCUCUAUCUAGGUUUAAUGGGUAUUAACUGAUUGCUGCCUGCUCAUUUUUUGUAUUUUUUAAUUUGGGCAGUUUACGUGCCUCAAUUUGAAAAUCAUAAUUUAAAAUAGAUUUAUGUAC